AUGCGAUUGCGAGUCAUCGUUGCAGUGGCCAGCGUUCUCGCGGCCAGUGUCCGCGGGCAAGGUGACCUGACCGUUGCCAGCACGUCACAUGCGCCCCAUGUGCUGGCGGCGACGCAAGCGCCGUUAGGGGUAGAGGGCUCCGACGCAGGUGGGGAGGCGCCAACGCCCACCACGCCUGAGGCCGGCCAGCCGCAGCAGACCGAACAGAAGGUGUUCACUCUCACAACAUUAACGACGACCCCUCCCGCAGACAUUAAGUCUACCCCCGUGCCCGGCUUCAGUUUCCCACCCGGUACCACCUAUGAGACGGUCACAGUGAAGCACACCGCCACCAGCGGCAUGGAGCCGAUACCCACUGGCUUGCAAGCUGGUACCAAGGUUACAUUCCCUGGAGCAAACCUCUGGUGGACGCUCAAUGCAGAAGCCGUCGCACAGUGGGCACCGGCCCUGCCCGUCUCUGUCAACGUUGAGCUCUUCAACAUGGAUAGAUCGUUGCUCAACUACACAUACCGACUGGCAUCGAGAGUGACACCCGGUGCAUCAAGCCGAACGUUCAUUGCAGGGUUCCCGUUCGGCAUGCCAAGGCUUGCGGUGCCUGGCUCAUGCGGCAGGGCGCGCAGGGCGUGGCAGGGCGCUCAGGCGCCCGGGAAGAACGUGUCGCGCGUGCAGCUCGUCUGUGCAGUGUGUCCAGAGUCGUACCACCCCUGUUCAGCGGCUCUGCGACGGCUCUGCGACGAAAAUUGCGGCAUCAACUUGGCGCAGAGAGCUUGUAACUCUGUCCCCCCUGUCGUUCCGUAUCUACACUUUGCUUCAGCAUCGGUUCCACAUUUCACUGUUCCCAACUCCGUCACCAAGGUUCUAGGCCGCAACAUCUUUUCGACCAUGGUCUUCCUCGCCUUCCUCCUUAUGGUCGUCGCGCUGUCUGGUCCCGUCGCCAUCAUCCUCCUCAUCACCCCAAUCAUCCUCGCAAUCUUCCCCACACGCCGCCUCUAUUAA